CUAUAAUAGCUACUAUACUUGGUAUAUAGCUACUAUAUUUGGUAAACUAAGUUUUCUGUGGGUCCCUUUGCCCUGUUGUCAUGGAAACCAGGCCAAACUGUGACAAUUCUGGCACAUUGCCUGGGAUGCAAAUCCAGGGCUCGUGCGUAGCAGGCAAUAACUUUACCACUGAACAACCUCGACGUGAUUUGGAAUACUGAUGAAAAACCAUGACAUCAUGACAUCAGCCCAUUCCAUUCUAAGAAGAAUUAAAUCACAGCAGUUAGAAAGGACAUCUGGAGAUCAUCAAGUCCAACCCUCUAAGAACAAUAGUGAUCAUCACUUUAUGAAGGCUAAAAGGAAGUUUUUGUUGAAUACAGGGUAAUUCUGUACUGCACGCUGUGGAAUUGCUGACAUAUUACUGGUUGUUGUCAUGGAUCUCAAUUCCCGUACCCAAUCCACUUUAAUGCCCUGGUGAUAAGCCCAGUCAGCUUGCUGCCUGUUACCUCCUUGCCCCUCCCAGCCAGCUGUAGCCCAUCCAAUGUCACCCGCGCCCGUCUCUUGAAGGUGCAUCCAUGCCCAUAGUGCACAAACCAUGAGUGUGACACCAUGACCACACUUGUGCCCACGUCACUCCCAGCACAGCCCUCAGGGCUGUUGGUCGCUAUGUUGUUCAAAGUGCUGCUCCCUUCUGCUGCCCAUUAGGGAAGAAAAUGCUCCGCCUCACACGGAUGUUACGCACUGCUCUGCUCCAGAAUGCUGUCAUCCCUGUUGGCAGCAGAGCCAUUCCCACAGCUCCUGGCACCAAGCUUGCUGCUCUCAGCUCGCAUCAGAAAUUCCUCUAAUGAUUUCCAGGAAGGCAUUGGGAUCUUUAGUCUGCCUGUCUGCUGUAACCACGUUGAUCUGGGUUGCGGUUGGGAAUUGGAAAGUGCACUACCUCCCAUAUUACCUUCCUUGCCCUGAAAUCUUCUCCAAGGAACUCCAGUAUUUGGAAGAGAAGCCAGUCCAGCUUUUCCCACAAUUAUUUUAUCAGCAACCAAGAGUGCUGGCUCCAAAGCGUCAGGAUGUGCUAACAGUCACACCAUGGUUGGCCCCCAUCAUUUGGGAAGGCACCUUCAGCCCUGAGAUCCUGGACAGUGUCUACAUGCCACUGAAUCUCACCAUAGGGGUGACAGCCUUUGCCAUUGGAAAAUACACGAGGUUUGUGGGCCGCUUCCUGGAGUCAGCAGAGAUGCACUUCAUGAAAGGCUAUCGAGUGAACUACUACAUCUUCACUGACAACCCUGAGAUGAUCCCCGAUGUCCAGCUGCAACCUGGUCGAAGAUUUGAUGUUGUGCACAUCAAGAAAUACUCCAGCUGGCAAGAGAUCUCCAUGCGCAGGAUGGAGGCCAUAAACCUACACAUAGCAGAGAGGAGCCAUCGGGAGGUGGACUACCUCUUCUGUCUGGAUAUUGACAUGGUGUUCCACAAUGCCUGGGGGGCUGAGACCCUCAGUGACAUUGUAGCAGCCAUGCACCCUGGUUAUUUCAAUGUCCCUCGAAGCCAGUUCCCAUAUGAGAGGAGGAGCUCUUCAGCAGCCUACAUCCCUGAGGGAGAAGGGGACUUCUACUAUGGAGGAGCUGUGUUUGGAGGGCUGGUCAAGAAGGUCUAUGAGUUCACCAAGACUUGCCACUUGACUAUCCUGGCAGACAAAGCCAAUGGGAUCAUGGCAGCCUGGCAGGAAGAAAGCCAUCUCAACAGGCACUUUCUCUCCCAUAAACCCUCCAAGGUGCUCUCUCCAGAAUAUAUAUGGGAUGAUAGGAAGCCAAAGCCCCCUGAAAUUUUCCUCAUACGCUUUUCAACAGUAGAUAAGAGCUACCAGGAGGUAAGAAAUUGACCUCUUGAUCCUCGCAGAGAGAUGUCCUCCAACCUGCUGAAUGUUAGCUCCCAGAGAAGGUGUCCCACUGUGGGUAGUUUCUCUGGAGAGUGAGAGCCUUAAAGCAUUUUAGAAGCAGCAGCUAAAGUGGAAGCGAGAAAUGAAAGGUUUCUACGUUCCUAAUCAUUGUAAAUACAAGUGUAGCUCUGAGAGUUGAAGUAGACCAGAAGGUAUACAAAGGGUGUGCUGUCAAGUAGAAGGCUGUCCUCAUAGCAAGGCUGCAAAUCUGUUGUUUGCGUGUUUUCCUGAAGCUUUGCAGAAACUUAGGCAGGAUCAAAACAGGCUUUGGCAUCCCUAUGGAAAAAGGAAAAUGCAGAUAAAGACCUUUCCACUUAAAAAAUACUUCAAUCACCCUGCUUUUUAGAAAAUUAUUAUUAAUUUUCACAUACUGUAGUUCAAACACUUGGUAAGGAUCAGCUUGCCCUCAGUGUGAGUUAUCCCUGAUUAGUGUGCAGCAGUCACGGACCUUUCUCAGCAGUGAGAUGCAGGAAUUCCUAACAGACCAGCAGUGCCAUUUCACAUAGCACUUACCUUCCACUUUGUUUCGGGCACCCAAGUUCAGACUGAACUGGCACAGUUCAGACCCAGGGAGCGUUGUGGGUUUGUUCCAAUCACAGAUGUGCUUUUCACCUUCUUGCCAGCUCACGCGUCUCUGGGGCUCAUAUAAUCUUUUCCAUGGUGUGAGAGGUCCACAUGCUUACUCUCUGCUUCAGUCCUCUCCAAAUUUUCUGAGCUCUGUAAAACAAAUGGGCCAGAAGCUGUUGGAGCUGACAGGGAGAGCUGGAGCAUUUCAUACAGACAGGGUGGCUUCACUCCAUAGAGUAUCUGUAUGGUAGGCUGGGGUUAACCCUUUCUUUGCAUGAACGUGAUGAGAAGCUGACCCACACUGCAGCCUUCCAAGCCUGCGAGUUCCUGGGACAAACAGGGUGGGGAGGGUGUCCAAACACAGGGGAACAGCUGUGCCUCGCCAGCAGCAGCUGCAAAAUGGUUCGUCAGCUGUGGUUAAGCUGUGGUUACAUGGUGGAGGUCUGUGUGUUUCCUCCCUGCUACAUUCCCUGUGAGCUCCUGAGGAGUGCUGCCAGUGGGCACUGCGGGUCUGUGCCAGCCUCACUUGCUAGGAAUAUCUUUAUCCCAGUAUUUCCAAGGACGUGCCAUAACCAGGAUUGUUACUGACCAUCUUCUAGUUCUAAAACAAUUGUGUCCAAAGCCCACACCUCUGACUCUAGGGUCUCAUUAUGUCACUGGCUACAUAUGGGCAUAUGAAGCCCUUUGCAAGCCAGAAGGAGCUGUCUGGUUCGAUCUUCUGCACAGGGCUAGCCAGAUAAUUUUAUCUCCUGCUGUCAGUAUCAAUGUCAUAAUACAGAGCUGAGCUGUGCUACAUCUCUUAGAAGAGAAUUCAGGCCCGACACAAACAUCAAGUGAUACAGAAGCCACAAAGCCAUGGUCAGCUCCUCCUGUGCCUUAAUUCUGCUCCAAGUCAGGCUCUCUUUUUGGCCGUUGGACUUUCUUCUGCCAUGCUAGAUUAUUCAGAUUCACGUCACAGUUCUGUUCACCUGGGUUGUGAUUGGAAGCAGUGCCCAGAGAGCACCCAUGUCUUUGGGGAGCAGGAGAGUGUGGCUGCAGGAGGAUGCUGCACUCCCCAUUGCGGCAUUGGAGAUGCUUUCUCAAUCAGCAUGUCUGUAAUUAAUGAAAGCCCGGACUUCUGCCAUCACCUCCUGCUGAUUAAUCCUCUUCCCCCAGCACCAGACUUUGCUUCUCGCCUUUGUGUUGUGCAGCCUGAGACCCAGGGACUGCAGGGAGUUCCACAGGGCUCACUUUCUGGUCUUAAUUUUUCACCAGUGCUCACAGGGAAACUGGGGCACACAGUAUGGUAUGCUGUGUAUGGGGGCUGCAACAAGGGGACAAUACUGUGUCUCAUGACCUUAUAUCAAGGGAAUUUAGGCUUGGAAACAUGCUUGCUGUACUGCAUAGAAAGUGAAUCAGCCCAUGCAAAUAAAUUAUCAGCCACGUUUA